AUGAACGAUUCAUAUCCCGCAUUGUGUCCUAAACAAAAGGAGUUCCCACUGCAGGCAUCAAGACCUCAUCCUAGCAUACAGAUAGACCCUAGUAUAACAUCAACAUCUCCAUUUGAGUCAACUGCAUCCUCAGCUACAUUAAAUAGCUCAGACACUACUGGCACUUCUACCCUUCCACUACCCUCCCCCUCCCCUAUAUCCCCCCACCACCAAAGACGACAUUCCGUGACAUAUGAGCCACCACCACCACAUUCUACACAUCCAACCCUACCUACAAUCCCAGAUACCACCAAGAGCUCAGUCUCUCAUUCAGUUUCCUAUGAUAAUCUACGUGAGUUGCCGUUAUCGAUGAGGUUUAUUCAUAAACCAAGUAGGUCCCAAGAAUUGUAUAUUAAGGCUAGUGAUCCAACUAAGGCCAAUAGUCUAUUGAAUGCUCAAUUAACUUCACCGGUCAAUCUUAAUAAAGAAGCAGAUAUUGACCCCGUAAGAAAUAAUAGUAUUGAUACCAAUAGUGAUGUAUUAAUGUCUUCUUCUUCAUCGUCGUUGAAUUCCCCUCAAAUUAGUUCAACCAACUAUUCAAAUGGUAACUAUAAAUUGGUUCGUAAGAAAUCUGGAGAGCUUUUGAAACCCUCAUUAAAGGGUGGAAUAGUUGGCUAUUUUGAUAAGAAAAGAUCCCUUUCGUUACCGGCAACUCCCACUUAUAAACAAGUUCAUUUUGGAAGUGCAAAUGACAUCCGAUAUUUCAAAAAGAAAGACAAACCAGCAGCAAUAUCUGCUACCAAUUCACCUACUUUGGAAGGUGCUGAACCGGAUGAGUCAGACGAAUAUAGUGUAGAAGAGGAAGAUUCGGAGAAUGAAGAUAUGGAAUAUCAUAAUUUCUAUUUAGAUAAUAAAGGAGAUACAAAAUAUCCAGGAAGAGCGGCCAUGUCAGAAUCCAAUUCAGUAUCUACUAGCAACAAGUUGUCACGACAUGUUGAAUGGGAGUUAAAAUUACUUAAUUUCCCACCAUUAUCUUAUUUACGUAAAAUUGAAGCUGAAACCCCAGUAUUUUUAGAAAAAUUAUUCUUAUCAGUAGAUAAGAGACAUUUAUUAGGAUAUAUUGCUGUUAAAAAUCUAUCGUUUGAAAAAUAUUUGACUGUUCGGUAUUCAUUAGAUCUGUGGAAUACAAUAAUUGAAAUCCCAACUGCAUAUAUACCUGAUCGACCAGAAGUACUUAAACUUAAUGAUUAUGAUCGUUUCACUUUCAAAAUCCCAUUGAAUAGUUUGUUUAAUAGUUUUAGGAUCUCCAAAGAUUCAGCUGAUAGUUCAGAUGAUGAACGAAUAGUUGAAUAUCAUAAAUUGGGUAGUCAAGAAAAAACUUAUGAAAUGUGUAUUAAAUAUUAUGCCAAUAGUGCUGAAUUUUGGGAUAAUAAUGAAUUUAAGAAUUAUCAAAUUAAAUUAAUUAAGACUACUAAAGGUGGCGAACCUCCGGCUGUUGGGAAAAUAUUGGAACAUACUACCAAACCAAAAUAUUCAAAUGCAUAUCUUAAGAGAGUUCAAUCCGAUUCACAAAUUGAAUUACAUAAGAAUGAAAUAAUUCAAAGAAUUGAACAAGAAAAUGAACUUCAUAAUCACCAUGGCCAACAACAACAACAAGAAGAAGAAGAAGAAGAAGACGAAGAUGAAGAUGAAGAAAUGCUUGAUGUUGAAGAUGAACAAACGGAAGGUACUUUGGUAAAACAAGAAGAAGGAGUUUCGCAAGAAGAAGCAAAUCGAGAACGUGAUCGUGAUGCAUUAUUUUUAAAUGAUAAUUCUUCAGAUUUGAAUGAUUUUGUUAAAAACAAUUAUUAUUUAUCAUCCCCGUUAUUAUCUUCAUUACAUAAGAAUCCGGACAUAUCUGAAGCAUACAUCAAGAAUACCAAUGAUGAUGCUGCCAAAAUCAUUUCUCCAUCGCCUCAACCAACUAUUCCAUCCAAUAAUUAUAAAGCAAAAUUCCAAUCCCAAUUAUCGGGAACCAGGCCAUUAGAUACAACAGAUUUCAAUAAGACUGGAUUUCAUUUAAUUGAUGAUAAGAUGGAAAUCGAUGAAGAUACUCAUAGAUCUCCACUUGCUAAUAGAAGUAAAUUUUUAAAUUCAAAAUCAUAUAAAGAAUUAUUAGAUAAUUAUUGUUUUUUCAGUUCUUCUUCACCAACUGAUGAUGAUCAUUCUCCGGAUGGGUCAUUCAACCGUGGAAGGGCCAAAACUAAUACCAAGACUAGUACCAAUGGGAAUGGUCAUGGAAAGAAUGGAAGUUCUGGUGAGGGUCGAAAAGAAUCAUAUAAUGUUUCUUCAUUUUUGGGAACUUGA